AUGGACUCGUCAUGCACUAAUGCAACCACCCUCGUUGCGGCCCAUCACAGCCGCGAUCGGCGUUACGUGCUCAGCUUUCCCGUGAAUGGCGGUGUCGCAAAGGUGCUCUUUGGCUUCGUCGCACCCGUCCGGUUCCACCACAAGCUGCGGCGAAGCAUCAACCUCGGCAUCAACCUGCAGGCGAACUAUCGCAUCCUACCGAACAUCAUUUUCCCGCAUCCCGAGUCGGUGUGGAAAAAUCGCUACAACGCCGACGCGUACGUGGACACGGGCCGGAAGCAGUUGUACGAUCUGCUGCUGCAGUUCCUCGCCGGGGCCGGCGGUGGUUCCCGGCGCCAGGCACGUACCUGCCUGCUGCGGACGAUCUGCGAGGUGGCCGACACACCGCUUUCCCACAACGGAAUGGUGGGCGAGAUUAUGGACAUCGUGUUCGCCCCGGCCGACACUGACGACCUGGCGGAGGAGUUUAAACUGGCACGCAAGUACGGUGCCAACGGAGUGGACUGCGGACGGGUGUACGACGAGUGCGCCUGGGGCCAUGGCAUCCUGGAUACUAUCACGGCCAUGCACUGGUGA